AUGUCGAUUCAGAUCAAUUCCCAAUCCCUCCAGAGUAAUGAAUCUGAUGAUUCUAUGGGUUUGACUACAAAUACGCAUACAGCCUCAGCCUCAUUACCUGAGCAUCCCUACUCAGCAACUGAUUGGAUUAAGUCAUGGUCACUAGGAUUAUUUGACCUCCUGCCAAGCGAGAUUCUCGACAUGAUCCUCAGUGGCCUCUCUACGGGAGAUAACAGUGGGAAAUUAACCCAUCAAGACUUCUGCGCUCUACGCCAACUCAGACACGUCAAUGACGCAGGAUCCUGGGUUGUGAACAGGCAUAUCAAUCGCCCGAUGUUGUCAUCAUGUUUCGAGAAUCAAAUCGCCGCUGUCACAGCUGAAGAAUACCGAAUCGCAGAAUACCCACUGCUUUACGCUGAGAUACUGGAAACGUACCCUCUCAUGCAUCCACUAAAUGAAUAUAGCCUCAUCGAACAGGCCAUUCGAGACGAUUGCAUCGAAUGCUUUGAGCUGUUAUCCAACAACACUGAAAAUCGCUCCCUUUGCGCUCGCGCAUGUAACGAACGCGGCUGGAGCUUUGUUGCCAUCGCCACCUGCUCACACUCGUUCCGUAUCCUCGAGACCUUUUGUGCGAAAAACCCGUACGGGCCACCUAUUGAGCUCCUCAAAUCGCCCGCUAACCAUAACUGUGCACACAUGAGCCCUUUGGAUAUCAUGGCGGAACGGCAUGAUCUAUACUUCUUUCAACAUCUGAUGGAUGUGGUAGUGCCUUACCUCCGGCCUCUUGGUCUCCAGAAUCUGGUCAGAGAUGGACUGAGUACAAGAAGUCGGCUCGAAAUCUGCCAAUUUGCCACACCUGACCUAGUGGUGCAGCUUGCAAAACUGGGUGUUCACCUUUGUGAUACGGUGACUCGAGAGUCUAGUGCAUGGAACGCUGGCGUCUCAAAUGGUCCUGAAUUCCUAGAGUAUUUAUACGAGAAAUGUCCACAAAGAAUUGAUGGAGCCCCUGUGGACAGAGAAAGCCCGUUGUUCAUUGCCGUGGAAGCUGACAGGCUAGAUUGUGUCGAAUGGCUGCUACAUCACGGUGCUUAUGUCCAUGCCUCAUCCUACGAUGGUCCCCGUCGUGCCCCAAUCCAUCGCGCCGCACUUAAAAGCACCGAAGAGAGCGAGAAAAUCCUUAAAUUACUUCUCUCAGCCCCGGGCCUCGGCCACCCGCCUAAUUUUACCACGCUGGAUACCAAUACUACAGGUAGGCUAUUCAGGUCUCUCAUUGAAGGCCUUAUAUUCACCUGUGGCCUUGAAGAUGUACAGAGCGAGAUUGACGUUGAUGAGUACAUUCCUUGGGCUCGAGCCCAUCAAGAACGUGCUAUCCGGAAGUGUGAACUCAUCUGGAAUGUGACUGAUACUAUUCGUCUUGUGGAGCCUGUUGAUUUUGACUUGGCGUGGCAUGACGACGCUGUGAGACUGGCUAGGGAGAAUGGCUUUGAGAGACUUGCUAGAGCUUUGGAGAGGGCUCUGACGCAUGGCUUCAAUCGUUCGCCCCUGAAAAAGUCUAGUGACUUCUUUUGA